AUGUCCGAAACUGAAACCGUCCGCCCGGCUUUUGCUGGCCGCGAGCGCCCACUGCUCAGCUAUGGCAUCGCCUUCCCCGCCGCCGCCGCCCACCACGUCGCCGAGACCUUCUGCGCCUCGCGCGUGUAUGUGAUCUGCUCAGGAUCGUUGGCGCGUCAAACUGAUGCGCUAGACCGACUGACUGCCGCUCUGGGGGCAGAGAAGGUUGUUGGGCGCCGGAUUGGCAUGCAGAGCCAUACGUUGUGGUCGGAGGUGCUGGAGAUUGUAGAGGAUGUGCGGAAUGUGCAGGCGGAUCUGCUGUUGACCCUGGGAGCGGGUAGUUUGACGGAUGGAGCGAAGAUAAUUGCACUGGCCCUGGCAAACCAAGUUCGCACACCCGAUGACCUCGAAACCCUCGCCCAAGGCCCCAACAAGCGCGCCGAGAUCAAAGCGCCCACAGUUCCCAUCAUCUCAGUCCCCACCUCCCUCUCUGCGGGGGAAUACUCCAACUUCGCCGGCGGCACAGAGGACCGCUCGCGUCGCAAGUACAGCUUCCAGUCCCCACUGCGCGGGCCCGAACUCAUCAUCCUCGACCCCGAGCUGGCGGAGACGACGCCGGACUCAAUCUGGCUAAGCACGGGGAUCCGCGCGGUGGACCAUUGCGUGGAGACGCUGUGCGCGAUUGUCGGCGUGACGCCGACGUCGGACGAGCUUGCCGAGCAUGCACUGGGGCUGCUAGUCUCCGGGUUGCUGCGGUGCAAGAAGGAUCGUAAAGACCGGGAUGCGCAUCUGGCGUGUCAGUUGGGAUCUGUGGAUGCGAUGGCUGCGUGUACGAGUGGGUCGGUUGAGUUGGGCGCGAGCCAUGGGAUUGGACAUCAGCUCGGCCCCCUGGGUGUCGGACACGGCGAAACAAGCUGCAUCCUGCUCCCCGCCGUCUGCAAAUUCAACGCAAAGCACAAUGCCAACCGCAAGCGACAAGCGCACACGCGCGAGGUCCUCGUUCACGAUCCCGUCGUCGCCGAGGUUCUGCGCUCCCGCUCCGUCAAUGUGGAGGCCUCCGACCUGGGGGACAUUCUUGACGCUGUCAUCCGCGAGCUGGGACUGCCACGGUCUUUGAGCGACGUACGGGUGGGCCGCGAUAAGCUGGACGCCCUGGCGGCGAACAGCCUGCACGACCGGUGGUGCCAGUCGAACCCAGUACCACUGAAAGAGAAGGAGCAGGUCCUGGAGAUUCUGGAGAUGGUAGUUUAA